AUGACUAUUGAGACGCUUGAUUCUCGGAUUAUUUUCAAGAGCUCUGCUGAAUCUGUUCCUACAGGAUUGAAGUCGGAGUCCAUUAGGAAAUUGGCAGGGCGUGAUGUGGCUUCUGGAAAAGAUGGAUUACCAUGUGGCUCAACAUCAUUCAGUUGCUUUUCACGGGAUGCUACUUCUAAUAACAAAGGUGAAGUAGAUGGUAAUUCUAGUAUCAAAGGGGAGACUGACCAAGAGUCUGUUGGAGACCUCGGUAUUUACAAUCCACCGACUAGUAGUUACAAUUAUUACUACCCAGAGUAUAAUGGAUCCUUCACACAAUCGGAUGAUCAUGGUUAUUUUCAAGCAGAUGGAUCUCAUAUGGUAUGUUCUUCUGACGUAUACUUUCAUUUCUAUUUGCAAAAAUUAGGCAAAACUAUGUCUCGUUCUGCUUGGCUGAUAAGGGUAGUUUUGUAUAUUUGUGUCUUGUUGAUAAUUGAUACUAGUGUAUCGGUUGAUCACUUCAGGGAUGCAAUCAGACAAUGGAUCACUAGUCUAUUAUUUACCUGCUAUAAUCCAUAUGCUUCUGGGGCAGUGCUUGGGGUAGAUGGGCAAAGUGUAAGUCAACAAGCAUAUUUUUCUUCACCUGGAUACCUUCCACAUCCUGUUUUCUAUGGAUCAGAAGCCAUGCCUUGCUAUUCAUGGGAUUCAGCAUAUUUUAGUGAUGUCUCAAAUGGCAAUACUGGUUCUCAAAAUGGAAAAUAUGGAUCAGCUUCUACUUUUGCCAAGUCCAGUGGUUUGAACUCUAUGAAGUCUAAUGACAAUACUGCUGGAAAAUCCUCUAAGUCUACAAAUACACAAGCAAUCAGACCUUUAAACAAGGUGUCUGCAUUGGGUUCUGAUUUCUCAGCAGGUCUCUCGAAAGGAUACCAUCCUGUCGGAAAUUUGCCUCCUUUUUCUAUCCAAAAACAUGGGGGCUCUAACAAAUUUCCUUCUCUGGAGACUGCUGUCAAGGAAGACUUGGGAAUCACUGUACAAAGAGAUCAGUAUAACAAACCAGAUUUUGAAAAUAAGUACGCAGAUGCUAAGUUCUAUGUUAUCAAAUCUUACAAUGAAGAUGACAUUCAUAAGAGCAUUAAAUAUGAUGUAUGGGCAAGCACUCCAAAUGGCAAUAAGAAGUUAGAUGCAGCAUUCCGUGAAGCAGAACAGAGAUCUUGA